GGUUGCAAAUCCCACUUAUUUUCUUUCCUUUUCCUUUUUCUGCUAUUGAUUCACUUACCUUUUUUAAACCAGCAAAUCCCUUUAAGUAACGCACUGCCAUUUCAUCUUUUCAGGCAUCUUUUGAAUCCCAUUUUCUCUCACUAGAAUCCCAUCUUUUAAGUUUGCUAUUCUUGUUCAGAUGCGUAAAUAUCUCGACAGCCAUGGAUUUAUGGCCUAUUAAAUACUCCGAGAAUCGACAAGUCACCAAGAAACUUGUUAAACCCUUAAAACAGCAGCCCAAAAAAAUCAAUGAAGAACAGAAUUUUAAUGGUCCUAGAAUCGUUAGAAUAUCGGUGACUGAUCCUUAUGCAACAGAUUCUUCCAGUGAUGAAGAGGACGAGCUUUUCCGGAGGCGACGAGUCAAGAAGCACGUCAAUGAAAUCGAAAUAGAAACGGCUAGUAAAAGCCAAGCCAACGCCAUAAUUAGUAGCAGUACUAAUUGCAAGAAGAGUCUUCAACUCAAGCAGAAGCCGAUGAAGGUAAUCGCGAAGGCUACUGGUGGCGUCAGGAAGUUCCGGGGUGUUCGGCAGCGGCCAUGGGGCAAAUGGGCGGCGGAAAUUAGAGAUCCGUCUCAAAAAGUUAGGCUUUGGUUGGGCACCUAUGAUACGGCGGAGGAAGCUGCAAUGGUAUAUGACAACGCCGCCAUUAAACUCCGUGGACCGGAUGCUUUGACUAAUUUCAGCCAUCCUCCGGCAGAGGAGAAGCUGGAAAUUAAUGUGACAUCAGUUUCCGGUUACGAGUCCGUUUAUGAGUCACGCAAUCUUUGUUCUCCGACAUCUGUUCUCCAGUUCAGAAAUAGUCAACAGUCAAGUGAAGGCCGGUCCGAACCGGUUCAGGAACUGUGCAUACUGACCGAACCUUGUUCAUCGGUUGAUGGACCGGUCUCCGAAACUGGGGCGGGUAAUGACUCGGUUCAGGAAAUUGAAGAGUGCAAAGGGGACUCUAAUGGGGUGCCAAAUUAUUUAAAUGACUAUUUGCCAAUGGAUAUUCCAUUCUUAGAAGAUUUCUUCAAUUUCCAAUCUCAAGAACAGACAUUAUUUGAUGGAUAUCCACCAGCAUUUGCCAAUGAUUCUGGUGAAUUUGGGAUGUCAUUUGAUGACUUUCCAGCUUUGGAUCACAGUUCGGAAAUGGAAAAUUUUGAAGAAUUCAACGACUCGUUUGAAGAUCUUGCCCAUCCAGGACUAGAAGUUGAUAACUACUUUCUUGACGAAAUGAUAAAAAAUUGAGUUCUAUAUCCAAUUUUGUUAGCGUUUAAUUUUGG